AGAUUGGUAUGGCCGCUCUAUAAUUUGACAUCUCUAUGUAGAAACUCUUUUCUAGUUUACAACAUAGAGGUAGAAAAAUAGAAGAUUGCUAAUUUAAUUUACGGAGCUGGAACUUCGGGGCUCCGUUACACAACCCUAUUUCGGGCCGGACGUGCUGCUAUGGCACACAAUCAUUUCGUGUGCAAAAUGUUCUUUUUUUUUUUUUAAAGGGCUUAAUCACAGAAAUAUUCCCCAGACCACGGGCGGAAGAAUAGAUGUGUCCAUAUUUUAACAGCACAUGCCUAGAGUCCGAUCAUUGGUUUGCUCCAUUCAAAACGCCACUUCGAUUUGUCGCCCCCCUCCCCCGGAGAGGCUUAAUUUGCCAGGAGGCACAGAGGUCAUAUAAAUACUUGAAAAACCAAGCAGAAUUUGACUAAAAACAGAGACAGAAGAGAAUCUCUUGCGCUGCGGUUAGGGCUACUGGGAAGAAAAUAGCUGACAUAUCGGCUGCAUUGGCACACGCCAGGACCAUAUAAUUUUCAAAGUUUUAGUUUAUUUAGUUUACUACAGUUUAUUUCCUCUUUUAUCAACUUUUUCUGAUAACAUGGUGGGAUUAUGUUCUCUCAUAUACUCAGCACCAGUCGUUUUUCAACAGUGCAAACUUUAUUUAACAAUAACAGUGCGGAUAAUAUGGGAAUUGGUUUCUGUUUAGAGGUACAGAACUUCAUGCUUACUACAAAUUACUUUUUCAGAAGGAGUAUCAAUCUCUACAUACUGAUCGUCUCCUUUUUCCUUUUGCUGAAGCUCCUUUUCUCACACCUCUUCCCAAAUUCUCUUACUUUUCCUGUCCCGCACUCCUCCUAAGGAAGUGUCCAGUUUAACCCUUUAUUUAUUUUGGAAGCAUGCAAGAAGUCAUCGCAGGCUCCUUGGAGCUUCAAUGUAAUAUGAACCUAACAGGGGAGAAACGUGACUGUACAGCGUGGCUAAACUACGUCCUUCCCCAGUAGUCAAGUCGCCUGGGGCCCCAGCUCCAUUAUAUCUGGAGGCCCAUGCUUUCGCUGCCUCGAGUCCAGUCAAAUGGGGGCAAGAUUCCCCCUCGAAGCUCAACCUUCUUAAGUCUCUCUCCAGCAAGAGAAAGGAAGAGUACGCGAGACGCGACUCCUCUCUUCCAAAUCAGCAAGAAGUAUAAGCCUGAGCGCUCACUGGAGUGUUAGGGACGCAAUAACCCCACGUGACUUGCCUUUCCUGCUGCUCCUGCCUUCCCGCUUACGUUUUUGAGAGCUCGCGACGGAAUCAUGGCAACAGAGCGGCGCCAGUUUUGAUUGGUUCUGAGUGCCCGACGCCAAGGGAAACUUCACUGCCCCGCGCCAAAAUGAAACGGAAUAGCAACGAGGAGAACUGACGGGAAGAGAUUCAGGCGAGUCCGACUGGGGACGUUUUGAGGCACCGUGGCAGUCGCCCUCGGCUUUCGUUCGGAUAAGUUUUCGCUUCCCUCUCUUCUGCACUCACCGGCGACUGGGACUGGAACAUCUAAAGCGAGGCUUUCGGGGGACGCAAUCUAGCCGAGUUUUCCCACGGAAUUGCCGUUUUCUGCGCUGAGAGUGUCUUUUUUGUUUCUUCUCAAAUGGAGGAGCGCCCAAUUAUAAUGCAGAUCCAUUAGAGUGCCAAGAUGAGUACUGAGACAAGUGGGAAAGGUUCUGGACAAGGAGGGGGUGGUUUUCAAAGGUGGAGAAGAGGAAGAUGGCAAGGGAGAGGAAAAGGAGGUGGACAGAAAGAAAACUGGAAAAAUGCUGCUGGGAAAUUAGUGUCAGCACAACCUCGUCUCAUUCAAACAACGCUGGAUCAGGCUACUCCAUGUAAAGGUUGGAAACUUUAUUUCUCUGAAGCAUAUGAUGACAACUCACCUUUUGUUCAGAAGACUGAAGCUUUUGAAACAUUUUUCAAAUCUCGAAUAGAGUUUUAUGAUAAGGAUGAAAUAGAAAGAAAAGGAAGUAUUCUUGUGGAUUAUAAAGAACUUAUAUGUGAUAAGGAAUUAGUGGAAUCAUUACCUGAUGUUGCCGUUGAAUUAAGAGAUACACCACAAAAAAUAUUGGACUGCAUGGGCCUAGCUGUACAUCAGGUAUUGAUCAAAGACCUUGAAAAGCAUGCUGCAAAACUGCAGGAGCAAGAAGGGCUGCCCAUUGAUGAAGAGCCUAUUAUAAAUGUGCCAUAUAUUCAUGCGAGAGUGUACAACUAUGAUCCACUUACUCAAAUUAAGAAUAUUCGAGCUAAUUGCUAUGGGAAGUACGUUGCUUUACGUGGGACUGUUGUCCGUGUUAGUAACAUUAAACCCAUCUGCACCAAGAUGGCCUUUAUAUGCAGUUCUUGCGGAAAUACUCAGAGUUUUCCUCUGCCUGAUGGAAAAUACACUCUUCCAACAAAGUGUCCUUUGCCUGAAUGUCAUGGACGAUCCUUCACUGCAGAUAGAAGUUCUCCUUAUACAGUUACAGUGGACUGGCAGUCGAUUAAGAUUCAAGAGCUCAUGUCAGAUGAUCACCGAGAAGCUGGUAGAAUUCCUCGGACAAUAGAAUGUGAAUUGGUUCAUGAUCUUGUAGAUAGUUGUGUUCCAGGUGAUGUGAUUACUGUUGCAGGAAUUGUCAAGGUAUCGAACACGGAAGAAGGAGCAUCAAGAAAUAAAAAUGAUAAAUGUGUCUUCCUGUUAUACAUUGAAGCAAACUCUAUCAGUAAUACAAAAGGCCAGAAAAUCAAAAAUUAUGAACAUGGAUUAAACCAUCAAGGAUGCCUGGAGUUUUCACUUAAAGAUCUUUAUGCAGUCCAGGAAAUCCAAGCUGAAGAGAAUCUUUUCAAGCUCAUUGUCAACUCUCUUUGUCCCACUAUUUAUGGUCAUGAGAUGGUAAAAGCUGGUUUAGUGCUGGCAUUAUUUGGAGGAUGUCAAAAAUAUGUGGAUGAUAAAAACAGGAUUCCUAUUCGAGGGGACCCACAUCUUCUCAUAGUUGGAGAUCCAGGACUGGGGAAGAGUCAGAUGUUGCAAGCUGUGUGCAAUACUGCACCUCGUGGAGUAUAUGUUUGUGGCAAUGCCAGUACUACAUCUGGCCUGACUGUAACUCUGUCUCGAGAUAGUUCCUCUGGAGAUUUUGCACUGGAAGCUGGUGCCCUGGUACUUGGAGAUCAAGGUAUAUGUGGAAUUGAUGAGUUUGAUAAAAUGGGGAGCCAGCACCAAGCUUUGCUGGAGGCUAUGGAACAGCAAAGUAUUAGUCUUGCUAAGGCUGGGAUUGUUUGCAGCUUGCCAGCUAGGACAUCAAUUAUAGCUGCAGCAAAUCCAGUUGGGGGUCACUACAACAAGGCCAAAACUGUAUCUGAGAAUUUAAAAAUGGGAAGUGCUUUGUUAUCCCGAUUUGACUUAGUAUUCAUACUGCUGGAUGUUCCAAAUGAAGAUCAUGAUCACUUGCUUUCUGAACACGUAAUGGCAAUGAGAGGUGGAAAACAGACUGGAUGUAGCAGUGCUACUGUGACUCGUGAGAAUUCUCAGAAUUCAAAUAUAUCAGUCCUAGAAGUUCUUUCGGAGAAACCAUUAGUGGAGAGAUUAAAGCUUAUUCCAGGAGAAAACUGCGACCCAAUUCCGCAUCAACUGUUAAAGAAAUAUGUUGGCUAUGCACGGCAGUAUGUACAUCCCAGACUAUCUCCAGAAGCUGCUCAGAUACUCCAGAAAUUCUAUCUUGAACUCCGGCAACAAAGUCAAAGAGCAGAUAGUACACCUAUCACAACGCGACAGCUAGAAUCAUUGAUACGCCUUACUGAGGCACGAUCAAGAUUAGAAUUAAGAGAAAUUGCCACCAAAGAAGAUGCUGAGGAUGUUGUUGAAAUAAUGAAGUACAGUAUGUUAGGAACUUACUCUAAUGAGUUUGGGAAAUUGGAUUUUGAACGUUCUCAGCAUGGUUCUGGAAUGAGCAAUAGGUCACAAGCAAAGAGAUUUGUUUCUGCUCUCCAUCGUGUUGCAGAAAGAACUUAUAACAACAUUUUUGAGCUUCAUCAACUCCGGAAGAUUGCUAAUGAAUUAAAUAUAAAAAUAUCUGACUUUGAAAACUUCAUUGAAUCUUUAAAUGAUCAGGGUUAUUUCUUGAAAAAAGGUCCAAGGUUAUAUCAGCUUCAGACAAUGUGAAGUAAUUCAAUACCUAAGGAGAAGCCAUGCUGUUUACUAGUAAGAAGAAAAGAAUGUAGAGGACUGCAACUCAUUAAUGUUUCUUAUUCAGCUGAAUUCUUGCCUGCUAAUAUGAGAGUUUGUAAAAUUCAGGCAUUGGUAAGAAGAAGGGAAUGGCAAACCAGGUGCUAAACUGGACUUCAGUGUUUUUUUUUUUCCCUACCUUCACCUUUUGGAAAAAUGAGGGCCACAGUGGGCAGAGCAUUGAUGCUGAGUGUAUGUAAGUAUGCCAUGCACACAAACAGAGGAAUUGUUUUUAGAUUUUAGAGGGCAUCUGGAAGUUCUUCAACUUUUUAAAAACUGUAAAAUUGUAAGAAAUGAUGCCAUCGAUUUUUGGAAGAUGUGAUUGAUUUACUGAGGGCUACAAAAGUGGUAUUCCAUCCUAGCUUUAUAUAGCCCAGGACUCACGCUGUCCAAUCCUGCUGUACAUUUUGCAGUAGCCUUGAGACUUAUUCUGCUUCUAUAUACAUAGUUGUGAAAAAGGAAUUGAGGAUAUAAUAAUAAAUUGUACGUUUUGGAACAUUGUUAUCUUAUUUGAUCUAUACAUUGCUAUUUUUCCACCAGCUCUUAAAAACCAAAUUGCCUAAAUUAAACACACACAUGCAUACAUACAUACAUUAUAUUCAGUGCAUUUAAAAAGCAGGCUAAGGGGAGAAAGUGAUUCUGAAAAUGCCUUAAUUUCUAUUCUAUUUUAAGGUACAACAGCUGUGCUUUCUACUUCACAUAGGUGUAUUUAUUACACAGUUAAAUCAAUUCAACACAUUCAUGCUCAUAGCAA